AUGGCUGCUUCUCAGGGUGUUAAUGUUCUCCGUUAUUCGGCUCUCGUGGCUGGUCUUUUCUACGGUUUCUCCCACCAAUCUUCUAUCACUGCCACUACCAGACGCGCCGAGGCCGAUCGCGAAUAUGCCCGUCAGGAGCGCCUGAUCGAACAGGCCAGGGCUGAAUGGAAGAAGAAGACGCAACCUCAGGAAACCAACUCAACGGGCAUCAUUACGGAUCCCGAGAACCCCAAGUUCGAUCUGGAGGCAUUCCUGAAGCUGAAGGCUGGUGAGGCUUAA